GAACAGCUAGUAGUAUAUAUAUAUUUCAAGAUGAACCUUAUUCAGUCGUCAUAUUUGUUCUGAAAGAGCUCCCGAACAUUUUUCCAUUUUCUGACGAAAUCGUUACGCAAUGUGCUAAUAUAAUUUAACUCAUUAAAGCGCUGGUUUUGAAGCUGACUUAAUGCGGUCUUUUGGUUGUGGCCAUGGAAAGAAUGAGGCAGGAUCAUCUCUGUAAAUUUCCUCCGUGUUCUCUUAAUUUCAAUUCUCAGCUCGCGGGUUUGAAGAAUUCCAUAGGAUUAUGGGAGGAUAUGAUAAACAAAACUUCAAAGUUGAGUGCUUCACUAAAAACUGUGAUUCAGUGCAUCGGUGGGUUUCUAGAAGCAUUUCAAAAAAUUGCUGAUUGUGCAUAUGGCAGCAACUGUGGUUUGAAGGAUUUGGGUUCUUCAAUGACUCGAUUCUGUUUGCGCGAACGGGGACUGGAAUCUAGAUUACGCACUUUUAACAGUCAACUCACCGAGUGCUUAACUGCCCCGCUUGUCGAUCGUCUUGAAGAAUGGAAACGUUCAGUGGCUCAGUUGGAUCGAGAAAAUGGGAAAGAGUGGCGUCGAGCAAAAAGUGAACUUCAGAGAGCAACAUGUGAGCUAGAAAAGCUUUCAAAGCGUUCUCGUCGAAAAGGAAGCUCAGCAUCCAGUUGUACUGUUGGUGGUAUUAAUGGGAGUGUGGAUUCCAGUUCGCAUAAUGAAAUUUACGCAUUUUCCACGAUGCAGUCUAUAGAUUCAAAUAACAAUACUGUUCUUCAUUCUGGUGAUAAUAUGCACUUAAAUUUUGUUCAACAUGAUCUAAUUUUGAAACAGCAAACUUUAGCAGAAUUGGAACGUGUUAGUUUACGAAGAGCAGUUGUUGAAGAACGUAGACGAUUUGCUGAAUUGCUUACCUGUUUAAAACCGGUUUUGGACUCAAAAUUAGCCAUAUUUGGAGACGUCAGUUUGUUUGAAGAAUCCAUUCAAGCUAUCACACACAGUUUAUAUGAUCCAAAUCAAAUACCUAGUGAUAUAGAAGAAGCAAUUGAUUAUGCAGUUGGUCUUGUUACUUCAAAUGUUUUAUGUGAUCGUAAAUAUUCCACAUCCUUUGGUAGUGGUACUCGAUCCGAUUCACGGUGUACAAUACGAUCAACGAAACAUUCAACAAAUUCUACCACUAUCGGAAAUGGAUUAGAAUAUUCUAACAGUACUGGUUUAUCUUGUCAUGCAUCAGAGCUAAGUUUACAAUCUUCAAUAUCUGUAUCGACAAAUGGAUCCUGGAAUAAUAGUAAUAAUAACUGUAUUAGCGGUGGCAGUGGUAGUAAUUAUUCACAAUCUACAAUUCAUGCAUCUGAACAGCACUGUGAUGUUUUAAACCCAACACAAAAUUCUGGUACUACUGAUAACCUCUUGUCUCAUACAACUAGUGGCGGUGUUGGAGAUUCAGUUAGCCUUUUUGAAAAUCCAGAUGGUUCAAUCAGUGGCGAAUCCUGUUCAUUAGGACGACCAGUACCAAAUUCUGUAUUGGACUCAAUCAAUCCUGAUUGGAUUCCAUUACCUGGUUUAAGUAAUAAAAGUAUAGAUGUAAAUGAACGUCAAAAAACCAGUAGUAAAUCAACUCAAGAUAAUCCUGUUUUCGGUUUUCCAUCUGAAAAUUUUAACAAUAAUGAAAACGAUAAUGGUCAAGAUGUUAAUCAUGAAAGAAGAACAAGUAAUAUUGAUAUCAGCGUUGAAGCUGAUGCUGAUGAUGGCGGCGGCGGUGCUGGUGGCACCACCACUGAAGAUACGGAGGAUGGUGAAACAGAUGAUGAGAAAUUAGAUCAUAGUGAUGAAACUCGUCUGGAUAAAUCACAUAAAGUACAAACCUUAUAUCCUAAUCAAGCUAUACCUUCACCAGUCUAUACAAAUUUGAGUGAACUUAAGAAAGCUGCUGCACGUAAAUUUCAAAGUCGUAAUUCUCCCACUGUAAAUAAUAUAAACAAUAAUAGCAAUAGCAAUGAAACUGUACUGAAUAAUGACAGCAGUUCCUUGUAUACUAGUCGUAAAUUCAGUUUGCCAUCGAAUGAAUCAAUGCUCACUCCAACAGUUGUCGCAGAUUCUUUUCCUGUCAGUGAUAUCAACAAAGUUGAUUCAGGUUUACCACAGUCAUCUCAUUUCAUUUGGCCACCGAUAACAACACUUGAUAAUGUCAGUUGUGAUAGUGGGGGACAAGAGAAUAAUUCUCGUUCAUUGUGUAAUACUACACAUAUGUCUAGUGUGAAUAAUAAUGUUUCUAGUUUAUGGGAAUACAAUCACUUGAUAACGACCGAUCAAACUACUUCUCCUUUCCUUCAUCCUACAUCGAUAACACAAUCAUCAGGGUAUUUAGCUACUACGUUAUCACCGUCAUUAUCUUCGAAUGGGAAUGAUAUUAAUACUAAUAAUAAUUUAUGUGACGCAUCACAGUCUUCUGCUUCUACUACUAAUGGUGAUGCUAUCGGUUACAUAAAUACAAUUGUUAAUUCUGGUACUUCAACAUUUCGACGACGUCAAUCAGAGUAUUUUAAAAAGUCAUUAGAUUCAACAAUAUCCUCUGGUAAAAUUUGUUCAUCUCCUCCUCCUCCUCCUGGUCCUCCAUUAAGUCCAUCUUCUGUGAAAAUUCCAACUAUGCUUCUGUUACACCAGGUUUAAUACGUCGUGGUAGUCAGGCCUAUCAACAAACUCCUCAUAUUGGUAAUCGUCUAUAUGAUCGUCCAUUAGUACAUCCGCCUAGACGUUCAAGCAGUGUUAGUCGUGAAUUAGUUUCACAUAAUUCUUCAUUAAACAAUAUCAAUACUGUUAAUAAUAAUAAUAGUUUCCUAACAACUAAUCAUCACCAACACUCUUCACGAUUAAAUUUAUCCGAUUUUGCUGGUAAUAAAAAUCCAUCACUAUUUAAUUCAUCCUUAAUGUAUGAACAGUCUACCACUACUACUAAUAAUAAUAGUAAUAUUCAUCAUCAUUACCAACAACAGCCUCAAUUGAACUUUCUUCAUCGAACCAGUCCCAAUUGUUCUGUUGCAUCAAUGUUACAACAAAAUCAUUACAGGCAACUGCAACAACAACCAUCAAUUCAACAGGAAAUGUUUCCUUCAUCCUGUACUCCUUCUAUAUCAAGUGCGAACAACAACAUUUCACAUUGUUCUUGUAUUUAUUCCGGCAAUAGUAAUAAUAAUAAUGGUAUUGUUGGCCGUGGUAGUCCUAUACCCGGGAAUAAUAUAGAUAGUAAUCCGAGUGGUACUACUAAUAGUCAAUUAAUGUUUGGUGUUAAAGUUUUGCCUAAUGUUGUAACACCACAAUUACUGAAUAAUACUAAUAUUAAUAAUCCUAGUAAUCAUCAUCAGUCAAGACUGCCACAAAGAGGUGGAUUAAUGCGUCAGACGAGUUGUGAACCAUCAGUAAUUAGUGGCUCAUUGAUGAAUAACACAAUCGGUGGUGGUGGUGGUAGCAGUAGUUUAUCAAGGUCACAAAUGAAUUCUACUUUAUUGACUGAUCGUCAGUCAUCACAAGAGUUCAUGCAACAACAACAAUUUCAUUAUGCUAGUAAUAUUCAUAAUUCUAGACAAAGCUCAUUUUUACAAUCACAACAUCAAGCUUCUGGUGUUGGUGACAGCACUUUAAAAGGUCAACAACAUCAAUUAUCUACAGAUGACGGUGUAACUAGUUUUAUUGAAUGAUAAAUGGACAUAAUAAGAAGAUCUUUUUUCAAGUAAUCCUUUUCUAUUAUGAAUUCUUUGUUACUAAAGGAAAUAUUCAUAUAUAUAUAUAUAAUUGAACAUGUUUAAUGUUCAAUUGAAGUUGAUUUUGGAUCAUACAUUCAAUAUUGUUAAAUGAUAUAAAUAUUGUUUAUUAAAUAUUAUGCAUGUACAUCAGAAUGUAUUGUAUAUGCAUUUGAUCAUGUAUUGUGAUUAUGAUUAUUUCAAUCACUCUCAUUUAUUCAGUGAAUAUAUAUCUGUUCAAUUCACUUUAAUCCCUUUGAACUAUAAUUCAAUGUUGGCGCCAUUUCUUGUAUUUAUUCGAUGUCUUCCUUUAAGGAAUACUCUUCUGUUUUUGUGUUGUAUCAGUACAGUGAGUCAAGAGUUGGAAUUUUUAGCCAAUUUUAUUUUUAAAGUAUAUUCGUAGGGAUCUUUACAACAAACAAUCUAUUAUAAAUAUAUUUGUGUAGCACAAAUCAAACUGCUGACUGAAUAACAUUAAUAUAUAAUAGAAAUCUUAAUGAAUUACGCCUGUUACUCUUCAUGAAGAAGGAGCAUAGGUCGUUCAUCAGUAUUCUCCAUCUUAAUGGUUAAAAUGAAAUCAUUGAACCGUAAAAACACAUCAAACUUGCCUUUUCAAUCGCUUCUCAUGAUAUUGUUUUGUCUAUAAUAAACACUGUUACAAUCUAACUUUAUCGUUAAAUAUCUUUCUAUAUAUAUAGUGUAUGUUGAAAAAUGUCAAAGUGAAUAGUGUCAGGGAGAAAGGAUAAUUUUUUCUUGUUUGUUCGUUCACUCAUCAUUUAUUAUUCACUUAGGUUUGUUGUGUUAUUCUUAAAUCAUUCAUUUCAUUAGUGUUAUUAUGAUUUUAUAAUUAAGCUUGUAUGAUAUCUCUAACGAUGACGGUACAAUUUAAAGAGAUAUAUAUAUUCAGCAACAACAACAACAAACAAACAUACUUGGUAACUAACUAUUGACUAUAAACAAUACAAUAAAUCUAAAUGUGGUAUGGCAACUCGAACUGAUGUACGUACGUACGAAGUUCUACGUUGUUACUGACUGACUGAAAUCUAACAAAGUUCCUGUCUUUCUAUUACUGUCUCAUAUUGAUGAUAUAAUGAAUGUUUAUUAUAUUUCUUUUCCUUUCUAAAAAAGAGUUUUGUUUUUAAAAUAAUGUUAUCUAAUUCAACAAUUGUUUAAACAAUUAAGUUUCUCCCUUUGUUUAUCUGCUUUUAAUAAAAUAGUUCUAUUCAUCAUUGAAAUUAAAUUCCCGCUUUCAAAUAUGUGUGUAGCCUUUAUUAUUAUUAUCUUUUUUUUUUAAAUUCAUUAAAACUAUAAUUCCAUAUGAUUCAAUGUGUGUGUUUUUUUUUGUUUUAUUGUGAAUUUAAUUUCACCAAUUGAAUAUUAGUAAUAUGUGAUGGUAAUUUUUUUUUAGCUGACUUAUCUUUUUUCUUUUUGAUAUAUGCGCGCAUAUAUAUUCAUGUAAUUGAUGUUACUAUUAGUAACUGAAUUAAUGAAUAGUAAUUUUUCUUUGUAUUA